ACGACGAAAGCCAUGGCCGUUUCCUUCCUACAACCUUAUUUUCUCCUUCUUUUUCUCUUCUCUGCCAUUUCCUUCACAGACGCAGAUUCUGGAAUGGUCGGAGUAAAUUACGGCCGGAUAGCUAACAACCUGCCGGCGCCGGAGAAGGUAGUGAAACUCCUGAAAUCCCAACGAAUUAACCGUGUCAAAAUCUUCGACACAGACAAGAGUGUGCUAACGGCGCUUGCCAAUUCCGGAAUCAAAGUAGUCGUCUGUCUCCCCAACGAGCUUCUCUCCUCCGCCGCCUCCGACAAAUCAUUUGCCGACAAAUGGGUUCAAGCCAACAUUGCGAAAUACUUCCCGGCAACACAGAUUGAGGCUAUCGCCGUCGGUAACGAGGUGUUCGUCGACCCGAGUAACACGACGCCGUAUCUCGUCCCCGCGAUGAAGAACAUUCAUGGCUCUCUCGUUAAGCAUAACCUCGACAAAUCGAUCAAGGUCUCCUCUCCGAUCGCUCUUAGCGCGCUGGCUAAUUCGUACCCGCCAUCUUCCGGCUCGUUUAAACCGGAUUUGGUGGAAUCGGUGAUUAAACCGAUGCUCGGUUUUCUACGUCAAACGUCGUCGUAUCUCAUGGUUAAUGUUUACCCGUUCUUCGCUUACGCAGCGAACGCCGACAAAAUAUCCUUAGACUACGCUCUCUUCAGAGCAAACGCCGGGAGUGUAGAUCCCGGUACUGGGUUGAGAUAUGACAGUCUCCUUGACGCCCAAAUUGACGCCGUUUUCGCCGCCAUGUCCGCCGUCGGAUUUUCCGGCGUUAAGGUGACGGUGACUGAGACAGGGUGGCCUUCAGCCGGAGACAAGAACGAAAUUGGUGCCAGCGAAUCCAACGCGGCGGCGUAUAACGGUGGGCUUGUGAAGAGGGUGUUGACGGGUAAAGGAACGCCGUUAAGACCGAGGGACCCACUGAACGUAUAUUUAUUCGCUUUGUUUAACGAAAACCAGAAACCGGGGCCCACAUCGGAGAGAAACUACGGACUGUUUUACCCGAGUGAAGAAAAAGUGUACGACGUCCCGUUCGCGGCCGGAAAAGUGAGGAGGUCAACGCCGGUAAAAGGAAACAGAGGCCAUGACCAUGAGAGGAAGACGUGGUGCGUGUCGAAGGGAAAGGUGUCGAAGGAGAGGCUCCAGGCGGCUCUCGAUUACGCUUGCGGGGAAGGAGGAGCUGACUGCCGUUCGAUUCAGCCGGGUGCCACGUGUUAUCAUCCUGAAUCGCUAGAAGCACACGCUUCGUUCGCCUUCAACAGUUACUACCAGAAGAACGCACGUCGUGCUGGCACGUGCUACUUUGGUGGAGCCGCGCACGUGGUCACCCAACCUCCUCGAUACGGGAAAUGCGAGUUCCCAACAGAAAAUUGA